AUGAUGCUCACGGAAUGUGAGAGAAUUCUUGGUCAAGGCCUCUUGCGGCUUCCCGCCCAACAUAAAUACCGCUAUGGGCCCCAGGCAGAACGGGAUCUGCUGGAGCUUCUCUUCCGGUCCCUGACCGGCCACAACGAGGAUCGUCUCCACCAGUUAUUCCCCGAUGGGUUGCCGACCGGUGUCUGGAAGCUGGCAGAGGCACAGGGGGCCAAAGAAGGUGCCGAAUACACGGAAGCCGCGCGAGGGAAGCGAUGUGGUCAUAUCUUCCGCGCCGGCGAGGCGACCUAUCGAUGUAUCACCUGUGCGGCGGACGACACGUGCGUCCUCUGUAGUCGGUGUUUCGAUUCGUCGGAUCAUACCGGCCAUCAGUAUCAGAUCUCGCUCUCGUCCGGGAACUGCGGCUGCUGCGAUUGCGGGGACGAAGAAGCUUGGCGACUGCCGUUGUUCUGUGCCAUCCAUACAGACAGUGGAGAUACCAAGGGGAAGACACGGGUACAGCCACAGCUGCCGCGAGACUGGGUCGAUAGUAUCCGGCUCACCAUUGCGCGCACCCUCGACUACUUCUGCGAUGUCAUUUCAUGUUCCCCCGAGCAGCUACGGUUGCCCAAGACCGAGGAUGGGAUCCGACAUGAUGAGGAGGCGUCUCGCCUGCGGUCGGGGUGGUAUGGCGAGGGGGAUCAGGCAGAUGAAGAGCCGGAGUUCGCGCUCGCGCUGUGGAACGACGAGAAACAUACAAUCCGAGAUGUCGCCCACCAGGUGAGUCGCGCGUGUCGGGAACGGGACCGGUUUGGCAAUGACCGCGCACAUGAAACGCACGACAUUGGGAGGAGUGUGGUCAAAUAUUCCAAGGACCUUCAGAGAUUGUUGGCCGUGUCGAAAAUCAUCGAGCAGAUCAAGGUCACCGUGACCAUCCGGUCAGCCCGCGACACCUUCCGCGAGCAGAUGUGCGGGACCAUCAUCGAGUGGCUCUCCGAUAUUGCGGGCUGCAGCGUCCUUAACGACAGCGAAAUCUUGCGCCAUACGAUUUGUGAGGAGUUGUUGGGUGCCUGGCAGCGAGGGAGUGGCGCAUAUAACGCAGAUAUCGGUCUCAAGGGCAUCGACGACCACCAGCGAACGGAGAAUGUGCCAUUCCGCACCGUUAUGCUCACUGUCUCGCCCCAGGGCCAAGUGGUAUUGGCUGCAGACGAGGAUGACGAUGAGGACGAGGACGAGGACGAGGAAGCAGAGAAUGACGAGGCGCAAGGUGCCAACGAGGCAGAGGACGGCGAGGACGAUGACGUCUUUGUUGAGCAUGACGAUGUGGACGAUGAGGAUGACGAGAUGGAAAUCGAGCUCAAUCGGCUGCGUGAGGAAGUCGAUGAGGAUGAAGAUAUGCUGAUGGGCAAUGCGGACGACGCUAUUGAUAUGGCCCAGCACAUUCUAGGCCUGGGCCAACGGACACCGGUUGCUGAUGACGAGCAGUCACCGCCGCCACCUCCACCGCCACAAGCCGAGGUGAACAGUCAGUCGUCUCACCCGGCCGCCUCGCAAGACUCUGGUUCCGGUGACAGUCAUGACGAUGGGGCCAUGUCCUACAUCCCCAUCCCCAAAACGCCGUCCGCGGCGGUCAGGCCUUCCCCUGCUAAAACCCCGAGUCAUUGGCAGGUCCGGCCGUCGGUUCCCCUGAGGGGGGAGACGGUUCCCCCGUACGAGGACUUAUGGCGGCGCACACGCCUGGACUGGAUGAUUCUGUUCGACCUCCGACUCUGGAAGAAGACGCGGACGGACCUUCGUGACCUCUAUAUAGGCACCGUGGUCAACGUACCACAGUUCAAGCGAAUCAUGGGUCUGCGACUAUCCGCAUUAUACACUGCCCUGGCGCAGCUGUACCUGAUUGCCGACCGGGAACCGGAUCACUCAAUUGUCAAUCUAUCGCUGCAACUGCUCACGACGCCUUCGAUCACGGAGGAGAUUGUCCUGCGAGGGAACUUUUUGACCAAGGUCAUGGCCAUCCUGUAUACCUUCCUGACCACCAGGCAGGUUGGGGAGCCGUACGAGGUCAACCCCAACGCGACGCUCGCGUUUGAUGCGGGGUCCGUGACAAACCGGCGCCUGUACCAUUUUUUCCUUGACCUGCGGUAUCUCCUGCAGUCCGAGUACGUGCAGGUUCGCGUGAGGACCGAGGACCAGUAUCUCAGUCAAUUCCUAGAUCUGGUCAAGCUUUCGCAAGGCAUCUGCCCCAAUGUGCGUGCGGUCGGAGAGCACGUCGAAUACGAGACCGAUGCGUGGAUCAGCGCUUCGAUUCUCAUGCGAGAGAUCAACCGACUUUGCCGGCAGUUCUGCGAAGCCUUCCGCAGCCCGGAAGUGGACGGGGGCGCCAACCUGUUGCGAGCGUUAAAGGUGGCCACGAUCGCUGCUGUGGUCCACUCCACGGGCACUGAGCGUCAGCGAUUCGAUCAGGCCGAGAUCAAGGAGUACGUCGGAUUCAAGUCUCUGCCACACUUUGAUUUCGAGAUCGAUCGGCAGGGCCCGAUUCCCCGGUACCGUGUGGUGGAUUUCGUAGUCGAACGAGGCUCCAUAAGCUUCCAUCAUGCCUUGCAUUAUACGCUCUCAUGGCUGCUUGAAUGCGGCCGCCGCAUGAGCAGCGCUCUCAUGCAGGAUGCCUUGCUGGAAGCGGCGACGAUUGCCAACGACAACUACAUCCACGACAGCGCCCUCAGCCCGGAGGAUUUGCUGCUGUCGAUGUUCGACUAUCCGCUGCGGGUGUGUGCCUGGUUGGCGCAGAUGAAGGCCGGCAUGUGGGUGCGCAAUGGCUUGAGUCUGCGACAUCAGAUGUCGCAGUACCGGGGCGUCUCGUCUCGCGACUUUGCCUACUACCGCGACAUAUUCCUGCUGCAAACCGCGCUGGUGACGUGCGACCCCAGCCGGGUGCUCGCGUCCAUCGCGGACCGGUUCGGCAUGGUGGACUGGAUGACGCGAAACUACAUCCCACGCUCCGGCUACGAGGACAGCCAGAUCGUCGACGUGGCUGAGGAGUUUGUCCACCUGCUGGUCAUCUUGCUGACCGAUCGCAACUCCCUCACAGCUAUCGACGACAGCGACACCGCGAUGCACCACAACAUCCAGCGGGAUAUCGCCCACGUACUGUGUUUCAAGCCUCUCUCAUUCUCGGAUCUAUCCACGCGUCUCAGCGACAAGCUGCUGGACUCAGACAUGUUCCAGAGCGUGCUGGAAGAGGUCGCCUCCUUCCGUCCGCCGGAAGGGCUGAACGAUACGGGCACCUUCGAGCUCAAGGCCGAGUACAUCGACCUGAUCGACCCCUACAGCGCCCACUACACAAAGAACCAGCGCGACGAGGCAGAGAAUAUCUACAAGGAAUGGAUGGCGAAGAAGACCGGCAAGAAGGCCUCGGACGUGGUGUUCGAGCCCAAAUUGCGGCCCAUCACCUCGGGGGCCUUCUCGGAUCUGCCGCGCUUCACGAGGACCCUGCUCUUUGCCCAGCUCGUCCAUCAUUGUCUGGACUACGUGAUGUCCUCCAAGGACCGCACGCCCAACAUCCCAUCCACGCGGGUGGAAACCUUUCUGCAGGUGGUUCUGCAUCUUGUUCUGGCGGCCACCCUGGAGGACAACACCGAGGAUGAGAUGUCCGACGAUGCGUCCUCAUUUGUCACCCAUGCGUUGACCAAGGCCCGGUCCACCCAGGCAGGCAACCUGAGCAUCAUCGGGCUCCUAGAGAAAAUCUCAGUCAUGAGCGAGUUCUCCGCCUGUGGUCCGAAGAUCCGUCACAUCCUAAAGCGGCUCUGGCAAACACGGCCACAGGCUUAUGCAUCGGCCACUGCGUCGCUCAAGUUCCCGUUUGAUCGGAUCGAGACGAAUUCCCCCGCCAUCGACACCGACAGUGAGAAGGAGAUCAAGAAGAAACAGGCGCUGGAGCGGCAGGCGCGCGUGAUGGCGCAGUUCCAGGAGCAGCAGCAGAACUUCUUGAACAGCCAAGGCGCCAUCGACUGGGGCGAGGAGGACUUCAGCGAUCUGGAGUCGGAAACUGAAGCGGCCGCCCCGGAGGCCAAACUCUGGAAGUAUCCCAGUGGCACCUGCAUCCUCUGCCAGGAGGAGACCAAUGACUCGCGGUUGUACGGCACGUUUGCCCUAAUUCAGGACAGCAGCAUCCUGCGGCAGACGGACAUCCGCGAUCCCGACUGGAUCCGGGAGGUACUGAAUACGCCGUCCAGCUUGGACCGGUCCGCUGAGAGGAUUCGGCCCUUUGGCGUCGCCGGGGAGAACCGCACGACGGUCCGGCGACUGGAUUCGACGGGCGGGGAGGUCAUCAGCGAGAAGAUCGGCCUCAGCAAGGGCUUCAACGCAAAGAACACUCUCCGCGGGCCCGUCACCACGGGCUGUGGGCACAUCAUGCAUUACUCGUGCUUCGAGGUAUACUACACGGCCACGCAGCGUCGCCAUACGCAGCAGAUCGCGCGCAACCAUCCUGAGUGCCUGCAGCUGAAGGAGUUUGUCUGCCCCCUGUGCAAGGCCCUGGGCAAUGCGUUCCUCCCCAUCACCUGGAAAGGCAAGGAAGAGACCUCCUAUCCCGGUCCUCUCCACCCGUCGGUCUCCUUCGACGAGUUCAUCGGCGACGGCAUGCGGAUGGCUUUCUUGCAGCCCCGAAACUACGUAUUUCUCAUGGAGAGUAAUGUGGCACCGCCGCAGCAGCAACUGCAGACGUAUCAAGAGUUAUUUGUCGACUACCUCUCCAAGGCCUUGGUGCCGCCACUGGCCACCAAGGUUGAUCAACUGAUGGCCUCCUCCCCGUCCUCCUCCCCGUCCUCCCCCCUGGCGUCGACCGCACAUUAUAUCCCGCCGGCGCGAAUGCCGAUGCCGGGACUUUUCCCGUCGCAGGACGACGUUCCGACCACCAGUGCCCUGCAGCAUGUUGCGACCCCAGGGGACAGCCCCAUUUCGGAGCUACUCCAGAUCUACAAGCGACUCAAGAAGACCCUACGGUUGAACCAUAUCUACUCCACGUUCAGCCAUCCUCCAGACACCAUCAACACGGACGAUCUCUUGCACACGGAUUCGCUGUUCCAGACCUUUGGCUUCAGCAUUGCGGCGGCCGAGAUCGCGCAGCGAGGCGUGGAGUCAGAACCCGGGGCAAACCUUCUGGACAAAAUCCCGCAACUGACGCUGACUCAUCUUCGUGUCCUCGCGGAGACGGCGCUGUCGUAUGCGGCCGUUGGGUGCUUGCAUGACCGUCGCAGCGGCGCCCCCAGCCGGUCGGUGGAGGAAUUCCAGGAAAUGCAUCGACAGAAGAUCUGCCAGUUGUUCGUCGGCCACCCGUUCCUGCAGGGGACGUCGCUGGUGGACGACGUGCGGGAGAUCGAACCACUGCUGGGCCGGGACCCGUUUACAUUCCUGGCCGAAUGCUCGCUGUGCCUGCUGCCCGUACUCGACGUCGACAUCCGCCAUUUGAUCCAACUAUGCUACGUGGCCGAGAUCGUCAAGGUGGUAGUGACGUACGCCCUAUGGCCGCUAGGGUUGAAGGAGGAACUAGCCCAGCACAGGGAUUGCCUGACGGUGGACCCAGUGCUGUUGGAGGCGCGGGCGUACGACACGACGUGGCAUUUCUUCACCACAAUCGUGGCGGAGCUCAAAUCCAACUCGGUGGGACGCGCCGAAGGGUCGUCCUUCCCCGCGGAGAGCGGCUACGUCAAGGAUGGCGAGGAAGCGGCAACGCCCGAGGUGGUGCUGGCAGUACGGCGUCUGGUGUCGCGAUACGCGCUGGUCUUCCUGCGCAAGGCAGUGAUCCUGCUGCACGUCCAGUCUGGCGUGGAGUUCCCGACCACGGGCUUCGGGGAUCUAGAGACGGACGAGCUGGACCGCCUGACGCGCCUCCUGCAGCUGCCGUCGCUGGAUGAGAUCUUCGCAGCGGUGCAGCCGGCGCGCACGAGUGGACAGCCGUUGGACGCAGUGAUAUCAGGCUGGAUAUUCCACUGGAACGCCUCGCGGUCGGGAGUGCGCAUCGGUGACCACAAGCUGUGGCCCAGUCUGGCACAUCCGGCCAUCUUCGAGCUGGUGGGAUUGCCCAAGUACUACGACCGGUUGAUCGAAGAGGCGAACCGUCGACGAUGUCCCAAUUCCAAGAAGGAACUGACAGACCCGAGCAUUUGUCUGUUCUGCGGCGACAUUUUCUGCUCUCAGGCCGUGUGUUGUAUGGAGAAUAAGCUGGGGGGGUGUAACCAGCAUCUGCAAAAAUGUGGAAAGAAUAUUGGCCUGUUCAUCAAUAUCCGGAAAUGCACUGUGCUGUACCUGCACCAUCAGAAUGGAUCGUGGCACUAUGCACCGUAUCUCGACCGACACGGCGAAGUCGACCCAGGACUGCGACGCAAUCGCCAGUUGAUCCUGAACCAGAAACGAUACGAUCGACUGCUACGCGACGUGUGGCUGUCGCAUGGCGUUCCAGCGACCAUCAGUCGAAAGCUAGAGGCGGACAUCAACAACGGGGGAUGGGAGACGAUCUAA